CUAACCGGGGCGAUCGCACAGUCGCGCGCGGUCUGUCGAGCCGUUAACAUCACUUGUCGCGUUUGUACAAACCACGCGUGUGCGAUUAUUGCACCUUUUUAAACUCGUUUUUUGUUCCAUACAAUAGUCAACGCAUACCAACUCGAUUUUUUACACCAAAAAUUAACAAAGGAUCUUUAUUUAUAAAUAUAUUUUUAAUCUAAAAGAUAAUUUUUUUUGUUUUUUAAAAAAAAAAGAAGUUAAGACUUUGAAUAUCAGUGAAUGAAAAAUAAAUAGUAAUUUAAUGGUGAUUUUUAAGGUUUAUUAUUUGAAUUAAAAAUCAUCAAUUACGGAGGAAAUAAACAGGGAUGUACGACAACACAGCCAUGGACGCAUGGAUUUACGAUGUGGUCUGUAUGAUGUCAGGUCAUUCCACGGACAAUAUGAUUCCAUCAAAUAAUAGGACUGUACCAAAUAUUAAACAAGAAAUAGAAAAUCCCACAACUCCAACUCAAAAUUACCACCAGGUCUGUUCACCGAGUACUACAAUUCAACACCAAGAGGCACUUUGUGAAAUGGAUAUGACAGAUUAUGGAGGUGGUGGUGGUGGUGCAAGUCCUGGUAGUCCUGAAAUGCAACAUUGCUCCUCAACUACACAACCCUUAGGAACUCCUGAGAAUGGAAUAAAAGAAGAAGACAUGGCAUCAAGGAGAUCAUGUUUAGUAUGUGGAGACGUAGCAAGUGGUUUUCAUUAUGGAGUAGCUUCCUGUGAAGCUUGUAAAGCAUUUUUCAAAAGAACAAUACAAGCGAGCAAUUUUACAGGAAAUAUCGAAUACACCUGCCCUGCCAAUGGAAAAUGUGAAAUAAAUAAGAGAAGAAGAAAAGCUUGCCAGGCAUGUAGGUUUCAAAAGUGUCUAACCCAAGGAAUGUUGAAGGAAGGUGUUAGAUUAGAUCGUGUAAGAGGUGGUAGACAAAAAUAUAGACGACCCACAGAUCCAUAUUUACCAGUAAAAACAGUUUCCAUGAUAGCAAAUAUGGGAAUGCCAGGAACAGAGGAAACCUCAAAUAACAAAAUGAUUGAAGCCCUCAUCGCGUGUGAACCCGACACUCUACAGGUAUUCAAUGCAUCAUCUCAUACAGCUGAUACUGAUCAACGAGUACUUUGUCAAUUAUCUGAUCUUUAUGAUCGUGAACUGGUUGGAAUAAUUGGAUGGGCUAAACAAAUACCAGGAUUCAGUAGCUUGGCAUUAAAUGAUCAAAUGCGGCUUUUGCAAAGUACAUGGGCGGAAAUAUUGACAUUUAGUCUAGCGUGGAGAAGUAUGCCAAAUACUGGGAGAUUAAGGUUUGCAGAAGAUUUUACGCUUGAUGAGAGACUCGCUCGGGAAUGCCAUUACAUUGAGCUUUAUACUCACUGUAUUCAAAUAGUGGAGCGAAUUCAAAAAUUAGACUUGUCAAGAGAAGAAUUUUUUAUCAUGAAAGCUUUAAUAUUGACUAAUAGUGAUGUGAAACUCGACGAACCUCAAGCAUUGUACCGUUUUCGAGAAACAAUUUUGAAUGCAUUGUCUGAUUGGGUAACGACAGUGAGACAACGUCAAGCAAUGCGAGCAACGCAAAAUAUGUUUUUAAUAUUCCCAAGUCUAAGACAAGCUGACAAUAUCGUGAGGAAAUUUUGGUCAAGUGUUUAUAGAACUGGAAAAGUAACAAUGAAUAAGCUGUUUGUUGAAAUGUUGGAAGCUGCAGCUUAUCGAUGAGACAACGAAAGCUCGAUCGACCUUAAAAUGGAGAUAUAAAGGACGAUCGAUGCUACCAUAUUGAUAUGAAGAGAAAUAAUAAUUACGCCAGAAUAAAAUAACGUUUAAUGCGUUUAAAAAAUGUGAGAAUAAUUGAUUGCUAAUGCAAUGUACAGUCAUUAUGACAUGUUAGUGAGAGAUGUGUAUGUAAUUAGAUACUAGUGCUCCGAUUUAUUUCAUUGCAUUAUGAAGACCAUAUUGAUUAUAAGAUAAUCAAAAUUUGUGUUUAAUUCAUUAAUUUUAAUCGUUAUCCCAUUAAUUACUGAUCAUAUUAUUCAAUUAAAUGAUGCAACUAUAGCAUCUCUAAUGUACAAUAUAUAAAUAUAAUGAAAACAAUUUCAUUCUAAUAGAAAGUUUAACCGAUAAUAAACAUAAACAUUUUGUCAAGUACCCCUUUUACAGGUACAUUAAUGAUACAAUGUGGUGAAACAGUAUUGAGUGGUGAUAACGAUAAAUAAUUGUAAAAUAAUUUGUGCAGUAUCAAUGAUCUUUCAAGUCAUGAAAAAAAUCAGAGCAUCGUGUAUGGUUUUGUAGAAAUGUACAAAGGAUUCAGUGAUACCAGAGAUUAUAUCAAUACGAGUUGGUUGAAGAAAGAAUGGCAGGAACGUUCUGUAAAUGGUUACCCAUAGGUUGCUAGCUUAAAAAGUCCUCGGAAAUACGCUUCGAAAGUCACUUUAUUGAUUUAUAUAGUGAUGCAAAAAAUAAAAAAAAAAUUGCUGGUUAUUAUCACUCGGCGCCGUUUUACGUGCCAUGUGGAGUGUAUGUAUGUUAAUUCAGGGAUCUUUAUUAUCUAGUUAUUACUGUUAAAUGAAUUAAGAGACCGUGUGUAGUACUUUAUUUCUAUCUCUAGAAAGAAUUUGGAAUUAGCUAUUGCCAAUUAUUGAUCAUUGAAAUGAAAUAAUGCAAUUAUUUUGUUUGCAUUCGUAGCACGUAUCAUACCCAGUCGAUUAUUUUUAGUUUAUUUUAGCUUCAUUUUAUUUUAUUUGUUCUUCAAUAGAAAACAAUUUUUCUUAUAUUAUAAAAUAAUUGUUCUAUUUUUUCAAGCUUAUCAUGUUAUUUUGUUGUUUUAUGUUUUUAUGAUUAUCAAAGAAAGAUCAAUAUAUUUUUUAAUUUCAGAUUUUAAAUGCAAAAUCGUUACGGUCUAAUUCACAAUACGUAGUGUGUAGAAAUCAUUAAAUUUUAAUAAUAAUAAAAUAAUAUGGCUGUUAAGCCACGGCGAAUUUCACAUAAUACCACAAUUAACUUGUUAUCAGCAUUUCUUUAUCUUAUUUUUUGGGUUUCUUUUACAACUAUGAAAUAUUUAAUAAUCAAGCUUCAAAUUACGUACAUUUAUCUACUUGUUCUUUAGAUUAUUUAAAAGAAGGAUAUUAUAUUGAUAAGUCGAUAUUUUAACAAAUUUCCUUUUAAUGAAAUCUUUUAAUUCUUUUAAAUUUAUUUCCGAAGCCAGGACGCUUCUCUUUUGAACUGUGAUAUUUGCGAUACAUAAAAGCAUAAUGUUCCGUAGCAAUGAUAAUUAUGCAAGUAGUUCGUCCAUCGUGGAGUCAGUCUCGUUUUGAAGUACGCUUCAAAAAAAAUAUUUAUAAAUAUAUAUAUAAAUAUAUAACUAUGUAUAAAACUGUAAGUCGUUUAACAGUUGUAAUUUACUCAUUUUAACGUGUUCAACAAUAACGUAAAAUAAACCCACAAAAUAAAAUAUUAUUUACAUAGAUACAAUUGUUCUGUAAUUAUUUUCACUGGUUUGAAGACACUGUUUCCAUAUUAGUACUAUUUUUGUGAAAGCAUAUUCGUCGUGGUCGUAGAACUGUAGUCUCAGGGUUUCGAACAAAUAAAUCAACAAACAAAAAUUAUGCAUAAAAUUGUAUAGAAAAAAAUAAAUAUGUACAUUCAAAAAUAUGUAACUAAAAUCUCUUACAUUUGAAAAAAA